UUCUCUAAUUCUAAUUCGAUGAUCUGGGUUUUGUUGAAUCCAAAAAUUUCCUCUAAACCAAAAUGAAUAUGUUCCUAUGAACAACCCCUGUAAUAUAGCAAUGUUAUUUCUCUUUGUUCCUUAUUCCAUUUUAAAUUCUCCCAUUAUUUUACCAUAGCAAUUCAUCUUCACUCAACUAUGUCUUCCAAAAUGAAAGGAAUUUACAAAAGUUUCAAAUACAUCACUCAAAUUUUCGUGGUGAAAGAUCGUGAGAUAGAAAUCGGAUAUCCGACCGAUGUGAAGCAUGUAGCUCAUAUCGGGUUGGAUAGUUCAUCUCUAUCCGCUUCGGCUCCUAGUUGGAUGAAUGAAUUUAAAGCUGGUGACGUGAGUGAACGAAGGGAUUCGAGUUCAACCGCAGUAACUGCUCUUACUCAUUGGUCCACUCAUUCACAAGAAUUUGAUCUUUCCAUAGGUUACCAAUCGGCAUCCGACAUGUCGUUGGAGCUUCCGAAGAAACCAAAGAAAAAAAAGAGCUGCAAGAAUACGACGUCGUCGUCAUCAAAAACAACGAAGUCAAAACCUACCUGUAAUAAUCCAGUGGAGCCGAUCCCAAAUUAUCAAAUUUAG